CCGACGACCGGUGGUAAGUAGUAACAACAUCUUGUUGGAAAAACGCCCACCCCACGAAUCUCCGUGCUAUUUAAGCAACGAAGAAAGAAAAACCCAGAUACUCCUCUCUCUCCCUUGGGGCUCCCAGAGCGCUGUCUUUUCGAUUAAAACCCUCCCUCUAUUUUCGAUCCACGCCACCUCUUCUCAUUCUCUUGUUCCCAUCGCUCUCCUUCUCUCAGGCUUCGGCCUUGGGUCGGGGGAGAUGGGCCGAUCGGAUGGGCUCCUCCUAGGGUUUCUCCUCGCGGUUUGGGGGCUGGGGUUUUUGGCCUCGCCGGCGGCGGGGAGGUUCGUCGUAGAGAAGAACAGCCUGAUGGUGACCUCGCCGUCCGAUAUUCGGGGGAAGCACGAUAGCGCCAUCGGCAACUUCGGAAUCCCGCAGUACGGCGGGAGCAUGGCGGGCACGGUGGUGUACCCCAAGACCAAUAACUACGCCUGCGAGAAGUUCUCGGCUUCGGAUUUGUUCAAGCCCAAACCGGGGGCGCUUCCCAACUUUCUUCUUAUUGAUCGAGGAGAAUGCCUUUUUGCUAAGAAGGUUUGGAAUGCCCAGAAUGCUGGUGCCUCAGCAGUGCUUGUUGUUGAUGACAAGGAUGAACCACUGAUUACCAUGGAUCUGCCUCGAGAGGAUGAUGAAGCUGCAAAAUAUAUUCAGAACAUAACAAUUCCCUCUGCACUCAUUGAUAAAAAUUUUGGCGAAAAGUUAAAGAAGGCUUUUCAUAGUGGUGAAAUGGUCAAUGUGAACCUUGACUGGAGAGAAGCUGUUCCACAUCCAGAUGAUCGUGUGGAGUAUGAGUUAUGGACUAAUAGCAAUGAUGAAUGUGGGCCUAAAUGCAAUAUGCUGAUGGAUUUUAUAAAGGAAUUUAAGGGUGCAGCUCAACUACUUGAGAAAGGUGGUUACAGUCAGUUUACACCCCAUUAUAUAACAUGGUAUUGUCCUAAGCCAUUCAUUUUUAGUAAACAGUGCAAGUCCCAGUGCAUCAAUCACGGGAGGUACUGUGCACCUGACCCUGAGCAGGAUUUCAGCACUGGUUAUGAAGGAAAAGAUGUGGUUGUUGAAAAUCUGAGGCAGCUCUGUGUGUUCAAAGUUGAGAAUGAGAGUAAAAAACCCUGGAUCUGGUGGGAUUAUGUGACUGAUUUUCACAUUAGGUGCCCGAUGAAGGAGAAAAAAUAUAACAAGGAGUGUGCUGAUGCUGUUAUCAAGUCAUUAGGGCUGGAUGUCAAGAAGAUAGAAAAGUGCAUGGGAGAUACAAAUGCAGAUUCUGAGAAUCCAAUUCUGAAAAUGGAGCAAGAUGCCCAGGUUGGAAAAGGUUCGAGGGGAGAUGUUACCAUAUUGCCUACUCUUAUCGUUAAUAAUCGACAGUAUCGAGGAAAAUUAGAGAAAAAAGCUGUCUUGAAAGCUAUUUGUGCUGGGUUUGAGGAAACUACUGAGCCAGCUGUUUGUUUAAGUGAUGACAUACAAACAAAUGAAUGCCUGGACAAUAAUGGGGGGUGCUGGCAAGAUAAAGCUGCCAACAUGACUGCUUGCAAGGACACAUUCCGUGGCAGAGUUUGUGAGUGUCCGGUGGUUGAUGGUGUGCAAUUUAAGGGUGAUGGUUAUAGCCAUUGUGAAGCAAUUGGUCCUGGACGGUGCAGGAUAAAUAAUGGAGGUUGUUGGCAAGACACACAUAAUGGCAAGACCUUCUCUGCUUGUCAGGAUACUGGAGACAGCAAGUGCAAGUGCCCCCUUGGAUUCAAAGGUGAUGGUAUCAAAACUUGUGCAGAUAUUGAUGAAUGCAAGGAGAAGACAGCAUGCCAGUGCCCUGAAUGCAGCUGCAAAAAUACAUGGGGAAGUUAUGAGUGCACUUGUAGUGGAGGCCUUCUGUACAUGAGGGAACAUGAUACUUGCAUAAGUAAGACUGCAAGUGAAGCCAAGGCAACAUGGACUGCUCUUUGGUUGAUCCUAGGACUCUUGGCUUUUGCUGCUUUUGGAGCAUUUAUUGUGUAUAAAUAUAGAUUAAGAUCAUACAUGGACUCAGAGAUCAGAGCUAUUAUGGCACAGUACAUGCCACUGGACAGUCAAGGAGAGGUCCCAAAUCAUGCCAAUGAAGAAGAUCGUGCCUGAAAUGGAGGUUCGGUUUUCACGAAGGAUUACCUACUUAUUAACUCUCUGCCCCAACGAGAAAGACAUACAGAGCUUGGUGGACGAAUAAAAGAUGAACGAGGGGAGUGCCCACAGAAGGAACAUUAAACAUUAGAUAGAUUUAUUAGGGCUGAGGAAAAUUGUUUGCAAGUUAGGAUGGAUUGAGGAUUGUAAAGGUCUUUAAUUUUUAUCAAGGCACUACAUGUAUAGCUUUUUGUGCGCAUCAUAUCCCAAAUCUUACUUGUAGUUUGAUAACAUGUGUCCCUCUUUAAUUUCUGCAGGUCUAGGAGGAUGUUUACUCCGUGUGUGUACAAGUUUACAUUGCAAGCAUGUAGUUUUCAUUGAUAGCAUCUUGUCGGAAUUUUUGGCCAAUAUUCCGGCAUCAUGUGCAAAGAAUGCAGCUGACCUCUAUUCCAUGUUGAA